AUGGGACGUUAUGGGAGUGUCUGCGACAGGGCUCAACGGCAUCGAAUUGUGUUGGUGGCGCGCUUGCUGGUUUGCUCGAGCUGGAACAACAAGACUUAUUUUGCACCGGCGGCUCUGGGGCAGGUUUUGAUUUCUUACCACAGCACCCUCCUUCUUGAACUGGUGGCAGAGCCGGUUUGGGUUUACAACAGCUGGAAAUGGCCUCAUGUUGCGCCGGGAUCGGGUGUGGGCAGCUGCUCAAUGGUCGACCGGGUUUUCGAACUUCCACCAACACUCGAUCUCUGUGAUCGCAUUUGGACGAGCGAUGACCGCGGAUGCAUGGACCGCUACACUGUGUUAGUGUGUAUAAAUUGUGGAAGAGUAACGGCGCUGUAUGUAGGUCAUAAAGGCGUGCUGGGUGUGUACAACGAAGAGCACGAGCUAAGAUUGCAAGACGGAAAGACGAUACAGCGGGGAAGGAGAAAAAGUUUCGCUACCGACCUAGCCUGCGUAAUGAAGGGUCCAGCUCCGGGUGGCUGGAAAGUUGAGGACCCUGAAGAUAGCCCACGGCCUACCGCAAUGUUGGCGUUGAGACUGUGUAAGCGCACGGGUUGGUUAAUGCAGCGAUCUUUGGCAGGGGACGGGUGCAAGCUGGAUCUGGGUCGCAUGCACGGCAACCGUCGGAAUUACCUAGGCCCAGCGAUAGCGCCAGGGUUAUCGGGUAGGAUGGACUGGGACGAGAAGUACGGUAGAGGUCCAGAUGACUAA